AUGUUCAUCCUCCCCUUCCUCUCCCAUGACGAUAUACAAAGGGAUAAUCGAGCUGUUGCUGCUGAUGACGAGGAUGAGGAGGGAAGGGAGGGCGCGGGAGCAGCUGGCGAGGAUGGAGAUGCUGAGGGCAAGUUGUACAAAGGAGCGUCAAACUAUCAAAAGUUCAUCGUCAAACGAGAUGUACUCGACAGGAAGGCAACUGCUGUCGGCCCCAUGAAGGCUCCUUCGAACGUCCGUCUCACCUGCCGUUUCGACUAUCAGCCAGAUCUCUGUAAGGAUUACAAGGAGACCGGGUACUGUACGUUCGGCGACUCUUGCAAGUUCAUGCACGAUCGAGGAGAUUACAAGAGCGGAUGGGAGCUGGAGAGAGACUGGAAGGCGGAGCAGGAGAAGAAGAAGUUGGACGCGGCGCUGGCUGAACUUGAGGGCGACAAACCGAAGGAAGAGGAGGAGGAGAACGAUGGUCUUCCGUUUGCUUGCGCUAUUUGCCGCGGUCCCUUCAACAACCCGAUCGAGACGAGAUGCAUGCACUACUUCUGUGAGAGCUGUGCCCUUGCAAACUACAAGAAGAGCAAGCGAUGCUUCGUCUGCAAUGAGCAGACACAAGGACAGUUCAACACAGCGACCAAGAUCAUUUCCAAGUUGAAUCGAUUGGAGGAGAAAAGACAGAAGAGGCUCGCAAAGGACGAGUACGAGAAGGAGAUGAUCAACCAGCAGCUCCAGCAGGCGAAGUUCAAAGUCGAACAAGGAUGGACCAUUCCUGGCGAUACCUUCCAGACUGGCAAGGAGAUUUGA